AGUUUCCGUGUUUCAAUGAUUGAGCUAGGUGCGUUUUCUUUGUACAGUGUAGUGUUAGUAAUUAGUGGUCUGGCAAACGAGGUAUCUUCGCUAUCAUCAGGUGGACCGGUGUUGCUUUUCCUUUUACCGUCGUGUAUACUAGCAAAUUUAUCAGCUAGUCAAGAGAAAUUCCUAGAGUGCUCAAGAUGACCGGAAAUGGUCUUUUGCCACUCUGCAGUGCUGACGGACAUCAGUUCACGCCAAAUGGCAAAGUUGGCAAUCAUUUCUACAGUGAUAAGUAUACAGAUGCAAGUGCAGGAUGGGUCAUGACUUCUUCCAUUCUCAUAUUUUUUAUGAAAGCGGGGUUUUUGUUUGUGGAAGAUGCAUUUGUAUCUGAACCAUCUCAGAGACGGAUGGUCAUCAUUACUAAAUACUUGGACACUUGCUCUAGUGCGAUAGCAUUUUGGCUCUUUGGCUUUGCUAUAUCAAUUGGAUUGAGCCCUGCAGUUCUUGGAGAAGAUCGUGACUAUAUAUUUUGGUUUUUUAGGUUUACGUUUUCAAGCAACACAGCAACUAUCAUAGGAGGAACUUUGAUAGGAGAGAGAAGGAAAAUGAAACUGUUAGCUGUUUUCAUUUAUGCUUUUAUGAUCAGUAGUGUUGUUCAUCCGUUUGUCGCCCAUCAGUUGUGGAGUGAUAGUGGAUUGUUCUCACCACUUAAAUUUUGUAAUGGUACCGUUGAAAUUGUGAAUGGAACAUUAGCUAUUAAACACAAACUGGAACAGAGUCCAUCAUCUAUGUUUGUUCUGGACUUUGCUGGCUCAGGCGCAGUACACCUCCUGGGUGGCAUGGGUGGUCUCCUUCUUACUAUUUUCUUUAAAGUAGAGCAGUGGUUUGAGAAUUGUUACAAAAGUGAUGAACGGAUAAACAAAACCAUGUCUACAGCUGGCGAUCAAAACCUGGAAAUAGAUUUAGGGGAGCAGCCACAGGAACCCGAGAAUUUUUGGAACUGGAUGUAUAAUUUGGGCACGGAACAUAUUGAGUAUGCGGCAUUGGGAGUACUUAUUUUGUGGACAACUUGGUUUGCAUUUAACUGUGGAUCAACCGAAAGCAUAUCAGGAGGACCAGGAGACAAGCCUGGAUCGUUUAAGAUAUAUCAUGCUAUCACUGGUCGAAUUGCACUCAAUAUGGUUGUAUGUGCUGGCUCAGGUGGUUUAAUGGCCAUUGUUAUAGCAAGCUUAGUGCAGUUGAAAACGGGGACUGAAAGCAUCAACACCAAUGAAAUAGCAAAUGGCAUACUGUCUUGCUUGGUAGCUGUCACUGGUUGUUGUGCUUUUGUAACUGCAUGGGUUUCGUGUGGAAUUGGAUUGAUUGCUGUUUUGUUUUACCACUUGGGAUGCUUUAUUGAAUACAAAUUGAACUUGAAGGAUACAGCAAGAGUAGUUCCAGUUCAUGUGGGGAGUGGCAUGUUGGGCUUACUGGCAAGUGCUUUUGCUGAAGACGCGUUUCUUCGAGAAUUUUAUGAGAAUGUUUGUUCAUGUCAGGAACUGUCUUUGCCACAUGAAGGCAUUAAUACUGGACUUCAAUUAGCCCAUCAGCUAACUGGUGCUCUUUUCAUUGUUGCGUGGAGUAUUGCUACCAUUGGACCACUGUUUGUGUUGUUAUCGUUAACCAGGAGCAGCAUUUUGGCCAAGUUAUUGUGCAGGGAUAGAUUUUCUGAAGAUCACUGGCUGUACAAGUUAUUAGGUGGAGGUGCUCUUCUAGCUGUUGCUUCUACUAGUAGAGGGGGUUAGAGGACAAGAAAAUUGUACACAAUGAGUGGGAGACAUUGUAGUGAAGUGAGUUAAUUCCAUGUAAGUAUAUGAUAACAGGUUGUUUUGAAUUUUGCAAUCGAAUUAACUGUGACUUAACUGUUUGUAUAGUCUAUCUGUAGAUUUGUGAAAUUGAGUAUUAAACUUUGGUGAACAGUGUAGUGAUAACUAUGCUGGCUUUGAACUUUGUAGGUUCUACUACUAAUAAUUGAAGCUGUGGUUACACCAUCUUCCACAGCUAUGAGUCUUUUGAAAACCAUGAUAGUAUUGUCAUUAGAAUUACGAAUUUACUCUAUUUUCCUUUAAGUACACUAUGUGUAAAAUCUAUUUAAACAUCGUACAAAGUGACUUUGUUUCAUGUGACCACAAAGUCUGUAAAUAGUCUGUGGUCAUCAAAGUAUAGUGUUAUCACAUAAGGGACAUAAAAGUCUUUCUUCCCUUGGAGUGCUGCAGGUUGUGAUGACCUGGAAUAAUG